CGUGGCUCCUCCUGCCGCGGCCGCCGGGAGCAUGGCCGCUGCCCGGGCCCCCGCGCCGCGCCGCCUGCCCACCCUGCUCCUGGCGUGCUGCAGCCUGGCCGCGGCGCUGGCCCCGCAGGAUCAAGUAGAACAGUUUUUUAAAAGUGGGCAUACAAACAACUGGGCAGUUCUGGUGUGCACCUCUAGAUUCUGGUUUAACUACCGUCACGUGGCAAACACCCUUUCCGUUUACAGAAGUGUCAAGAGGCUAGGUAUUCCUGAUAGGCCCCUGGCAGAUGUUACAUUUACUGUGCACUGCAUUCACAUUGUCCUGAUGCUAGCAGAUGAUAUGGCAUGUAACUCCCGGAACCCUAAGCCAGCAACUGUAUUUAGCCACAAAAACAUGGAGCUAAAUGUCUAUGGAGAUGAUGUGGAAGUGGAUUACAGAAGCUAUGAGGUUACUGUCGAGAACUUCUUGCGUGUAUUAACAGGGAGAAUCCCACCAAGCACACCUCGAUCCAAGCGUCUUCUUUCUGAUGACAAGAGCAAUAUCCUAAUAUAUAUGACUGGUCAUGGUGGAAAUGGUUUCUUGAAAUUUCAGGAUUCUGAAGAAAUUACUAAUGUAGAACUUGCUGAUGCCUUUGAACAGAUGUGGCAGAAAAGAAGGUACAAUGAAUUGCUGUUCAUUAUUGAUACUUGUCAAGGAGCAUCCAUGUAUGAACGAUUUUAUUCUCCUAAUAUAAUGGCCUUGGCUAGUAGCCAAGUAGGAGAAGAUUCACUUUCACAUCAGCCAGAUCUUGGGAUCGGAGUUCACCUUAUGGACAGAUACACAUUUUAUGUCUUGGAGUUUCUGGAAGAAAUUCACCCAGCUAGCCAGACAAAUAUGAAUGACUUAUUUCAGGUUUGUCCUAAAAGUUUGUGCGUUUCUACACCUGGACACAGGACUGAUCUUUUUCAGCGAGAUCCUCAAAAUGUUCUGAUAACAGACUUCUUUGGUAGUGUACGAAAGGUGGAAAUUACAACAGAAACUAUUUCUCUGGAUCCUAAUUUGGCUAUCUUGGAAAGCAGUUUCGCUUGUGGUUUCGCUUCAGAGAGAGAGAUGGCAUCAGCUAUGCCAAGUCUUUCAGGCCUAUACAUUUUCAAUAGUCCAGUUAUAAGGACUCCAAAGGAUGAGAUUACAACAGAAGCUCUGAAAUAUGCUGAGCAGCUUCCUGUAGCUCAGAUUAUACACCAGUUUAAAGUAGCAGUUCUUUGUCUAUAAUUGUGAACCCAAUGAAAAGGGAAAAUGGAAUCCUGUCUGGACGUUCUCCAGUAAACAAGAACUCAGAGUCCCCUUCCCACAUUCUGGCUGCUGUGCUGUGGAUCUAAUUUCUUUCACUACUGUGCUUAUGUGGGAAUUGUUGGACCUUUUAUGGCUUCUGCUUUUCAUGCCUGCCAGCCUAACAAAACUCCGUGGACAAAGAGAGGUACUUCUGUGCCCAUGAGGAGCAAAACAAACAUUCUGUCAAAAGAAACAACUGCUGGUAUAGACUUGUGCCAAUUUCCAUAAUGUGCAUGGACAUAGAGCUCUGAAGAGAAAUGCUGCCAAGAUUUUAUGUGUGUAUCUGUGAGAGAGCAAGCUCCUGUCUGCAAAUUACUCAUUUGGCUGCUGUAGUAGAAAUAUGGAUGAACUCCAGUGUUAAGGAUGAUCAAAAAAUUAUGAUGAAACCCUGUCUUAUUGUCCCCAAAUUGGAAAACUAUCCUCUCAGUUGCAUGUUCAGCUUUGUUUUAUAAAAUCUAGAGGGUUGAUUGCCAUGGUAACUUCCAUACAAGUUAUACAAAGUUAGCUAAGAAAGGGAAUCUUCAUCUGUUUUGCUUCAAUAAGCUACUGAACAAAUUCCUGACUUGCUUGUAAUUACAGGUCCCUUAAUAUCAACAGUGUCAUUUAAAAUUAGUUUUCACCUUGUCAAUUACCACAUCAGCUCAAAAUUGAUUUGUACUUUACAUACCGCAAUGUAUGCCCUUUGCUUCAUACAGACAGCAGGGUUGGCUCUUACCUCUUCUCAUGAAAAGACUAAAGAGCAGAAUGCUUUACUGGGGUCUUGUAUUAACAAAAGUUAUCAUAUUAAUAUACUACAGUAUAUUUCCCAGUAAGCCAUAAAUACUUUGAUGAAUAAUUAAAGUACAGUACAUUUAUCAAACAUAGUGUGCGUUUUGUGUGUUACCCUUUAUGGACACUAAUUCAAAAAAUCAGUUACUUUCUACUCUGUUAUAUGUAAGAUGCACCUAACCUUUUUCAGUAUUCCUUAUGUAAGAAAAAUAAAACGACAAAAAAAAUCACUUGAAUACUAUCCAUUAGCAUUUUAUUUCUAAUUGUAUUCUAUUUCAUAUGUCUGGAAGAAAUCAACCCAGAAAUCCAUAAUUUGUGUCUAGCAGGCUCUGGACCAUGUUCAUUUCUUGCAUUGGAAUAUACCAACAUAUGUAUAUUACAGAAAUCUGGGGGGGUUUCUCUUUUCUUCUGUUUUGUCUCUAUGUACAACAUAGUCUCAGGAUAGCAAAGGAAAUAUUAGUGCUAUUUCUUAUAGUCAGAACCUCAUGAAAAGCCUGACCAUAAUAUUAAAGCUUUCCAUUUUUAGAAAGAUAAAAUACAUGAAUAACAAAGAAGGGUAUCUUGCAUAAGGCACCCAAAUUGUCAUGCAUGUAUUUUUUGUUUUUUUAGGUUUUUUUUGUUUUUUUUUUUGGGGGGGGGGGGUUUGGCUACCUAUUCCUAUUUAAGAAAACCCACAACAACCCCUCUCCUACAACCCCCCCCCCCCCAAUAGCACUGAGUACUUCCUACACUCCAAAAAGAAAUGACUUUGCCCUAACCUAUUCCAACUGCCCAGAGAGAUUAGAGGUCUCAAACAGUUCUUUUUAUCCAGUAUGAAAUGUUGCAUGCACAGCUCAUCUGUCAUUUCCAGUCCGUGCACUCUAGUGUUAUACCAUUGUCUUUCUCCUUACUUUUUUCUUUCCUUUAUGAAGAAGCUUAGGUACACAUAGUGAAUGACCAGAUAAUUCUCUAGUUUAACCUUAUUUUCUCUCUCGCUGUAUGUGCGUGUUUUUAGCAUGUGGCCCAUUGUAAAGCCCAUAGCUGGGCUCUCAUUAGGCAACUGCAUUAGAGCAUGUGAUGUGUAUACCACAGCAGCAGCAUACUGUACUGGGACAGCCCUGAGCAGGCCUAGCUCACCCCUCCUGCAUACAUAUUCCAAACCCUGAAACAGGCCAUUGAAGACAUUCUGGGAUCAUCCCCAGUGAAUGAUCUCAAGCCCAGCAGAGGCUCAGGUUUGAAGUGUCACAGCAAGAUACAUUAGCAGAGGUUCUGUGAUGCAUUUCCUUGUUUGGUGUGAAUGGGCAGUGCAUAUUCAGGGUGGAGACAUGCUACUGUAGCAGAAAGCCCCCUUUUCCUCUUGCCUGCAUUUGCUCUCCCUUCUUUGGAUAUCUUUCUCUUUUUCUACCUUUCUUCCUUCCUCUUUCUUUCACUUUAAGAUAAGGAAUUGUGUUUUAAAAUUUUUGUGUGCGCAUUUUGUGUCUCCCCUUGUAUUUUGGUAUUUUUAUCUAUUUGUGUGCCAUGGCAUUUGUAGCUUAUAUUUUAUACUCCUCACCUUUCAACUGAAUGUGUUUUAGUAAGUUAUACAUUGUAACAUUGAAUCAAACUGCCCUUCCUUGUAUCAGGCUGGCCUGUGAAAGAGUGAGUGAAUCAGUGAUUGAAUGUGUAACGUGAUUGAAUGUGUAACAUGGAAGCACACAGGAAGCUCCAGGAAGAGCACACACCAACUGCUGCAGCUUCCUUAGCCUGACGAAGGGGUUUUGAACCCGAAAGCUUGCUUAAUAACUAUUCUCCAACCAUUUAGGUUGGUCUAAUAAAAGAUAUCAAAUUCACCCAAGGAACCUUGUCUGCCUAACAUGGAAGCAGGCAGCAAUUAUCACCUGGAAGCUGAACUCAAUAGAAGACAAUGUAACAACCGGGAAAUCUCUAAACGUCACUGAUCAAGGGCUAGAAGCCCUGGCCUGACUUAAUUAACACCAGAGACCAACUUUUGGGCUGAGUAUCUCCAGAUCAACCACUCCCAGAGCCCUAUUCUAAAUUCAUCAACGGACUCCCAAACCUGCAUGUACAUGUGGACAACCCCUGGGGCUGACAGAUGCUGUCCAGUAGCCACUGAGGGGGGGAAAGUCCCAUGAGGGUCAAUGACCCCUGGAUUGGGCAAACCUGAAAACUGGGGAGUCACCAAAGUCUGCCAGGGACAGAUAAAAGGCAGUGAAAAGUGACCCUCAGUGGCGCCCUUUUGAUCUCCAACUCGACCAGACCUGUCCAGCCAGAAGGACCAGCCGGCGACCCCCUUCUGAAAGAUAACACCAUGCUGAAAGAAGCCUCAACGACAGACUCCAGCGCUUGUAGGAUAGGUAUACCUGACUCUGUAGCCUGCUACUGUGUGUGUGUGGUGUGUGUGUGUGUGUGUGUGUAUGUGUAUGUGUCUGCAUGUGUGUGUGUGGGGACCAGCCCCAAGGUUUAUGAUUACAGUGUUUCAAUCCGCCCAAUAAACUAGAAUUUUAAGGAUC